AAUAAAUCUGUCGUAAGAUCGAAUAUAUACGAAGCAUCAGAUGCAUAGUUAUGAUUAUUCUGUGAAAUAUGUUCAAGGCACGAAUUUUCAAUUACUUACUUAUCGACCCUUUUUUGCUCGUAUCCCUGAGGAACGAUUCAUUGAGCGUGGCGGAAAAAAGUGAAAUUGAGAAAUUGUUGACGGUUCAUCAUCCGCAUAUGUUAAAACACAUGGCAUCAUUACAUUGAUCGGUUUGUAUUAUCGGAAUUUGAACAUACAUAUUCGUUGAGAUCAAGCACGAAUCGAUACGACCUCAUCCCUUUGUGAAGACCAAACGGAGCACGUCAGUGAACGUUUGCAGUCGAGAAACACACACAAACAGCCAAGAUCAUAAUGGAGUUGGGCGGAGAUGUAUCUCGUCUCCACGUCAAGUCUCCGAAAUCUCCCCGGCGCCACCGGAAACAGACGACUCCGCCAGUCAGCACGCGAGUGCUUGCGGUACUGGAGGGGAAAGAUCAAGACGAAGUAUUCCAAUCUGCACCCCGAGAACUACAGAAUCCAAGAGUGCAAGAGUCAGACAGCAACUUUUUUGAAAGUUUUACAGCAUUGUCGUGGAGGCAGGAGAAUAAACGACUCCGAGCAGCUUCUGAUGAAGAUCAUGAACGACACCCUCCCUCAGAGAGCCAGUUUGCUAUCAAACCAGAGGUACAGCACCUGUCAAAAAAAGAAUUCGAACUUCUCUAUAUUGAGGUGCUCUACACCAUCAAGCACAAGAUAGGAACCACAGCAGGUGGCCACUUACCGUACAUACAAGACCUUUAUCAGUAUGCACAGGAGGCCUUCAGAAUCUCACCAGAGGACCAUGCCCGACUCCUGGCCAAGGCUACAAAGGAAAAACCUCCAAUCGUCAUCCUUAAUGUCACCGUAAUCAAAGCUCGAGAUUUAGAGGCAAAAGAUGCAGACGGUUUCAGUGACCCCUAUUGCAUGCUGGGAAUCAUGCCAGGACGUCUGCUGGACCAAGAUUUGUCCAGUGCAGCUGUGCUGUCCGAUGAGGAGGAGCAUCAUAAAAAGGACGAAAAGAAGCGAGGGGGAAGUCUGCGGAAGUUCUCCCUGACCAAGAAAAAGCGGGACAAGACAGUGAAGGAAUUGCUCCCAGCAAAGCUGAUCAAGACCACAGACGUCAAACCCAACACUGUCAACCCAGUGUGGGAGGAAAAGUUCAGAUUUGACCUGGAUGAUGUUGGUACAGAUAGACUACAUUUAGAUAUCUGGGACCAUGAUGAAGAAUUUUCGGUGAUUGAUGCAGCCAAGAAAUUGAAUGAAGUCCAGAGUAUGAAGGGAUUGGGGAGGUUCUUUAAACAGGUGGCCCAGUCAGCCAGGUCCGGGAAGAAAGGUGGAGAUGUAGAUGAUUUCCUUGGCUGUGUCACUGUCUCCAUGCAUGACCUUCCUUCAACGGGAGAGGAGAAGUAUUUCCAGUUACAUGGAAGGUCCAGUAAAUCUAACGUCCAAGGGGAAAUCAAAUUGAGGCUCCAGCUGGCCACGCGUGAGGACCAAGGACUGGAUGAGGAUGACAACUGGACAGAUGUCAGGCAACAUGAGGAUCUCAUCUGUCUAUUCAUUGAACAUGAAGUCAGACGACUAAGGGAGCUGCCUAGUUCAUGGAGUGGGAAACUGCCAAGAGCAGCCACCACAAUCUUGCAUCAACAUGCCAUACAGGGGGAUGUUACCGAUGUUCAACAAGCAGUCUGCAGAUGGAUGGCCUAUAGCAGAAAACACAUGGAGUAUACCUUUAGUUAUGAGCUUCUGCUGAGACUUUUGGAAAACUUGGACCAGAAGUGGACAGCAGAUUCGUUAUCGCGUGAAGAGGAACAGUGUUUAAAUGAGUCCUUCACUGCUUUGAAAGAUUACUGCAUGAGUUUGAUAAGGAAACAGAGGGAAGUCUACCCUUACAACAACAAACAUGCACUGAGCCGACUUCACCAAAUGGUCCAUGUCUUGGUGAAGAUAUACAGCAUGAAAGUCUUCAAGUAUGUCUGUCCAUUUGCCAAGGACUUGCACUCUGAAAUAAACACAGUUGUCAAGAGAGGCACACAUGAAUGGUAUGAAAGAGCAAUCCAUAUAUCGAAAAAGCAAUCCAAGCUCCACACGAUUGACCAAGAGGAGAAUAUUAUAUACAGCCUGAUAGACCUGACCAAUUGUCUGAACGCUGAUCUAUACGGGGCCAUUAACGAAUACCAGAAAAUAUUUGAUCAAGUCGCCAAUGUAAACUACUUCAGUGUUACCUACAAGCAGCUGGAAAAACUGCAUUCCAGUCAUGUGAUCAAGGGCCUUGAGGACGAGCUUGGGGAAGAGUUUGCAGAUUGCAUGAAGAAAAGAAAUAUUAGCAAAGGAAGCAAAGAGAUGCAGGAGGGAAUUCUGGGAACUACCUACUUUGAACUGUACUUGGCCCUACAGGAGUUUUGUAAAUAUGGACAUCAGCUGCCAGAAAGUCUAGACACAUUACAAAUAGAACAGUAUUACAAAUGGUUCCAUUUUGCUGUAACUCGAUGGAUCGCCGUAGCUCAGGAAAAAGCUAUCUAUCGCAUACACAAAGCCAUUGAGCUUGAUAAGCUUCUAUCUUCUAAGACAGCAGAUUUAGGGAACUCGGGAACCAAGUUCAGUACCUCAGCUGUUGAUGUCUGCUGCUGUUUCUCUCAGAUUUCAGAGUUCUGGAGGCAACUCAGCUGGCCAGAUGUUGUGGAUUCUUAUUCUAUGGUAUUAAAAUUAACGAAGGAUAUGUGUGACUGUGGGAAGGUCUAUGCCGAUUUGAUCCACCAGAAACUCAUUGACAAAGGCUACUAUGAUGAUGAGGGUCAAUUUGAUGUUACAGAACAGCUUUGUAUUACCAUCAACAACAUAGAGCAAGUUCGGAGGGCCCUGAAACAACUCCCAGAAACACUGAAUUUUGUUGACAUCCAACACGCAGUAGAACAGGGGAGUGAGCUGGGGACAAAAUUUAAUCUCCACGCUACUGUGAGAGAGGCGGAUCAGAGCAUGGUAGAGAAGAUCCAACAGGUGGUGGAUCGUGUGGCUGAUAAGAUGCGUCCAGACAUCAAGAGUGAUGUAUUCCACUUAAACUGGGCACCAGAAUUAGUCCCUGCUGAGGAGGCUGUUGAAGAACUAAUGAAAUACCUGGACAGUAACCUAUUGACCUUGAACCAGUAUCUUCUGAAGGCCAACUUUGACAGGAUCCUCCAGUCUAUAUGGGUCGAAGUCCUUGAGGAAUUCAACGAAGUCCUAGUUACAGAAGAAUCGAGAAAACCUGUCAUUUACAAAAGAAUGUAUGAUGCUUUAGGAUUGUUGGUGGAUUUUUUCCAUGCUAACGAGAAAGGAUUAGAAAUGAAGAAAAUUACAUCAGACCAAUGUAUGGAAUUGAAGAAAUUACUAUCCUUAUAUAAGAAGGAUACCUUGAAGUUGAUAACCAUUUUCUAUGAAGAGAAACUCAAACAGCAGUCUGAGUUCACCUCAAAAGAGUAUGGAGUAUUGAAUGUGAGGAUGUGCUACAGAAAUGAGACACAGACCAUGUUUGUUGAAAUAUUAAAUGCAAAGGAUGUCAUACCAUUAGAUGCAAAUGGAUUCAGUGAUCCCUACGUGUUGAUACAAUUUUGCCCAGAGCAUGUUUUUGAUGAUGUCCCCAUGCAGCAAACUAGCAUUAAAAAGAAAACUCUCAACCCAGUGUUUGAUGAAUCCUUUGAAUUCAAUGUUUCGAUAGACCAAUGUCGACAGCGAGGCGCUGUGCUGGUGUUCACAGUGAUGGACCAUGAUUACGUUUUUGAGAAUGACUUUGCAGGAGAGGCGUAUGUUGAUAUGUGCAACAUUCCAGGGGUAGAUGGGCAAGAUAUCUCAGGAUUUGAUGCUCUAGCCAUCACUGCCUUACCACUGAUGCAGCCACAGCACAAAGAGAAUGGAGCCCUUGACAUCUUAGCCUCUCGGUCUUGGGAUAAAGAUGCUCAGGAGUUUGUAAAGAAGAGAUCAAAAGUAGAAGAGAAGGCUGCUUGAGUGAAGUUGCAUAAGAACCAUGUUGGCAGCUACAGGUGAAUUCCUAAAUCAGGAUAGAGUACAACAGGCAAGUGAUGUCACAAGAUUGACAUCAGCAGAAGAUCUUCUAAGGUGACAGUGCCAUCUGUUCAUAAUAUUAUGAUACAAUCUUGUUAGCUCACUUGAACCAAUGGCUUGAGGUGAGCUUCUCUGAUAGAAUUUUAUGUCAUGUUGUCUUUGUCAUGGUAGUUUUUUUUUUCUUUUUUCUUUUUCUUUAAAUUCUUCUCCAGAACCAUAUGGUCAAUUUAAACAAACUUUGUGCAUAGUAUCCUUAGGUAAAGGGCAUUCAAAUGAAGGGUCAUACUGUUUACCAAGCUUUAAGUUUUACAUUAGAAUAGAUAAAUAUAAAAUUUGAAAAUCUUUCCCAAGAACAAGGGUUCAAUUUGUUUGAGCAACCUCAUGUAAUGUAGAUUGUAGUUUGUUCAAAUCAUGUCCCCAAGGCCUUGGGCAGGGCCAUACUAGGGGGUUUAAUAUUUUAUGUAGGAAAAUUUAGAAUAUUUUAAAGUAAACUGUUCUUUUUAAAAAUCACCGGGAUUAUACCGUUUAAUGUCAUGUAGUGCACAUCCCAUUCAACAGAGUGGGUCCAUGAUGGUGAUUUAAAGGCUUUAAUCCUUGUAUCAGCAAGGUAACUCAGGUGAGCAGUGUGGCCCAUUGAACAAUUGUAUUAGUAAUAAAUAUGUACACACGAGCAGAAGUUAAUUGUCAGAUUACAGAGAAAAGAUUCAUAUUUUAUUCUAUAGUACAAGUUUUAAUGACUGAAAUUUAUUGAAUUUCAAAGAGCUUUAGGUGACUUUACAGUAUGUCUGCUCUGCUAGAAGUAUUAAGUAAGCAAAGACGAGCACCCCUUCAUUCACAUGUUUUUUGUUAUUCAUAUUCAAUUUGUUAUAAACUGAGCAAGGUGUUGCCAGGAUUUUAUGUGCUUUUAAGGUUUUUAGUGGUACAUGUCAUUUUUAAUCGAUUGUGACUUGCAGUAGUUUUAUUUCAGAAUAUUAAAUAUAAAAAAAAUUGUGAAAAAUAAUACUGCAAGAUGAUAAACAAUUGGAAGCAAGCCAGAUCUCUUAAGGAGGUAUUCUACGCCAGGGAAAUUUGAUAUGGAUGAACAGUGGAGGAUGUGUACAACAAAAUUUUGAAAAUGAAAACUUUCAAAUUUACUUUAUUUAGUCAAAAAGUACAGUUUUAGUUGAAAACAAUCUGAGAAAAAUUUAAAACCCUGCUGGACUCGAACACGUGAUCUACAGUUCAGCAGUCAACGUGCUAACCUACUGAGCUACUCAGCUAGGCAAGAAUAUUUUAAAUGAGUAGUGAUGGGCAAUCGGGAAAAAAUAAUUAAUCGAUGAUCGGAUUAAUCGGAUGCACCUUUUCGAUUGAUUAAUCGAAAAAUAAUCGAAUUUUAUUCAUUUCAAAUUUAUGGCAUAAAUAUAUUAAAUUUACUUUAUUUUUUACCCUAAACAUUAAGUUAAUUAGAAUAAAAUCAGAAGAUUGAUUGAUUGUAUCUUGUUUAACGUCUUUCUCUCGAUCGAUUGAGAUUUUUCACUCAUAUGGAGACGUCUAAAAUCAUUAGAAAUUUGAAGUUAAUAAUCCCAUACUUUCGAUUUUGUUUUGUCGUGAUAAGGAUAGAUCUCUCAUUUUUUGUUGUUGUUCUUAUGGGAUCCAGUAUAGAAUAGAGCCUCAAUACCCCUUGCUUGUAUGAGGCAAAAUCUGAGGCCCCGGGCCAUGUCACAACAGGUGUGGCUCGAUAAAGAUCCCUCCCUGCUCAAAGACUGUAAGCGCCGAGCAUAGACCUAAAUUUUGCAGCCCUUCACCAGCAAUGGUGAUGUCUCCAAAUGAGUGAAAGAUUCUCAAGAGGGACAUAAAAACAAUAUUCAAUUUUAUUGGACGAUUCAGCUUCGUCAGCCAUUUUGGGUUUUAGUUAAGUCGCGGCAGGAAUAUUCGUAUUAUUUAAAAAAUAUACCAACGUUGGCGAUUUUCGAUUUUCAAAAUGGCAAUCGAUUAUUCACAUUGUUUCAGUUAUAGCGACCGACAAUCGAAAGUCGGCGAUAAUCGGUACAUCACUAUAAAUGAGUAGACAAAUAUAACUGAUAUUUAUAUUUUCCACCAUGUUUUAAAAGGAAGUCUGCCAUUAUGAUGAUGUAGAGUACCUCCUUAAGUUUUUGUGGUACAUGUCAUUUUUUAAUCGAUUGUGUCUUGCAGUAGUUUUAUUUCAGAAUAUUAGAUAAAAAAAAUUGUGAAAAGUAACACGGAAGGAAGCCAGAUAUCUAUACUGAUAUUUGUUUGGACUAUUGGUCUAAGACUUAUAUACAAUGUGCUAAACUAGACAAGGUUUAACAAGGAUAUUGUUGUAAGUUAUUUUUAUAUCUAUGUCAUACUGGCUUACUAAACUGACUGUUACCCUGAACAGGAAGAUUAAUUCUGUGUACCGGUAAAUAAAGUGUUGUGUGUGCAUGAUAUAUGAAAACUUGGUAAGUUUUUAUUAACGAUUUUAGCACUUACUUAAUUCAUUGCAUAUUGAUAUAACCAAGUCUCUGGUGGUUGCAUUCCUGAGUUUGGCUUUAUUUGAAUUACAAGCAAUGCAGACAUUGCAGCAACUCACCCAGUGAAACACGAAAAGAAAAGGCUCUGUAAACAUUGUGGUUUGAAUAAUUAUAUCUGAGUCUCUUUGGUUUAUCAUUAACAUGUUGUUAACUCAAGACCAAAAAUGCAACCUAGCUUGCAGUAACUUGUGGGAAAGAUUUCUUUAUUUUCAAGUUUAGAUGUAAAAGAGGUCAAGGUGAUGUGAAAGGUGAAAUUUUGAAAUUCUUAUUUGUAGCAAAUGAAGAGUUGAUAUUGUUUUGGCUCUUUGUAGGAUAUAAUAUUCACAGAAAAGUUUAAGUUUCUAAUAUCAAAUGCAUUUGCUUUCAUUUAACUGUCAGUUGCAUUUAAAUGGAUCGUUUACUCACCUACCACGCUGUAAAUUCACGUUUUGUCAGCUGUCUGCUUCCAUAUUGACUUGCUUUAUGUAAUAUCAAGAUUUUUAAGAUUGAUACAUGUAUUUGUACUGUGUUGUGACUUCCCCCCCCCCUAGGGUUGUAAUAAAUUUUGAAGUGCCCUAUUAGCAGUGAAUAUUCAAAAGAAUUAAAAUUGAAGUGCAAUACAAUGUACAAUUUUUUUUGAACGAAAUAUGUAAGUUUAUGUUUUUGUGUUAAAAAACUUAUUUAUUAAAACAUUAAAAUGUU